AUGGACUACUCAUUUUAUUCCAAUCCUCAGUCACAGCAGCCAUUCUCCGUCUACGAUCUCCACGGACUACCUACACCCGAUCAGAACAACCCAGCGCCUAAUGGCGAUGAUAUUAAUGAUCCAUUUAGCUCUCUAGUUAAUUAUCAUUCGUUCCACCCUUCCUUUCGCAUUCAGAACCCCGCCGCCCCUUCGUCGUUUGUCCCUCCGCCGCACUCCCCACCCGAAUCCUUCUCCAAACACUCAGUUUCGAGCAAUGAUUUCCCCAAUAGCCAUGCGGAGCCUGGAUCCGUCGAAGGCGGCGACGACCAACUUCAGCAUCGGAGCAGCAGCGAAGAAAAGGACAAUUUGACUCCAGCACAAAGCAAGCGCAAGGCACAGAACCGAGCUGCUCAGCGAGCGUUCCGCGAGCGAAAGGAGCGCCAUGUCCGCGAACUGGAAGAGAAAGUCAGCGCACUCGAGCAAGAAUCCACCACCCUAGCCGCCGAUAACGAACGGCUGAAGCGGGAGCUGGCCAAGUUCGCAACUGAGAAUGAGGUCCUACGGGCUACCACGGGCCAAUUGGCGAGCUCGCAAGGCCGUCAUCUGGACUCGGAGCCAACCAUCACAGGUCCGAUGAAGUACACCCCUACUGACUUUUACACGAACCUCGUGCCGAAGGGGGAGCCGGCGCCUACACAUCGAGUGACGGUCUGUGAGAAGACGGGCGAGAGGCUCCUCGAUGCCGGGGCGACCUGGGAUCUGAUCCAGGGGCAUGAGCUGUACAAGCAGGGUCUGGUCGAUAUCGGGGAUGUCUCUAAUCGUUUGAAGGGAAUGGCUCAGUGUAAUGGACAGGGUCCGGCGUUCAGGGAGGGCCAGGUGCUCCAGGCCAUUGAGGCGAGUGCUGCGGCUUGCCGCGAUGAAUUGAUAUGA